CCCCCCCCCCCCCCCCGGGUUCCCUGCAAUUCAACUGAUUUCUUCUCUAACAAACUCAAAUUGUUUGAGCUUUACCACUACCGGAUUUUCUUCGCGGCCGCCAUUGAAGUACAGUCACUCAGCAUGGUGGGAUUAUCAGUUGGAGAAACGAACUUUAUUCGAGGUGGUAUUGCUCAAGAUCUUCGUUGUGAUGGUCGAAAACGCUUAUCUUAUCGACCAAUUCAUAUUGAUACUGGGGUCAUUCCACAGGCAAAUGGUUCAGCAAGAGUGCGAAUUGGGGGAACGGAUGUCAUUGCUAGUGUGAAGGCCGAACUAGGGAGGCCGAAUUCGGCUCAACCUGGUAAAGGAAAGGUUUCAAUACAUAUUGAUUGCAGUGCUACAGCUGCACCUAUCUUUCAGGGCAAAGGGGGUGAAGCAUUAUCCACAGAACUUGCUGCUGAUCUUCAGCGCUGCCUCUUGGGCGGUAAGAGUGGAGCAGGAGCUGGAAUUGAUCUUUCAUCCCUAUCUAUCGUGGAAGGGAAGGUUUGUUGGGAUCUUUAUCUUGAUGGCCUUGUGGUUAGCUCAGAUGGGAAUAUGCUGGAUGCCUUAGGUGCUGCAAUCAAGGCUGCAUUAAGUAAUACUGGGCUUCCUAAAGUGAAUGUCAUUGCUGCUGAUGCGACAUCUUCUGGUGAUCAACCUGAAGUUGAUGUUAGUGACGAAGAAUUUCUACAGUUUGACACUUCUGCUGUCCCCGUCAUAGUUACAUUAACCAAGGUAGGGAAACACUAUAUAGUUGAUGCAACAGAAGAGGAGGAAUCUCAAAUGAGUUCAGCAAUGUCUAUCUCUAUUAACAGGAAGGGUCUUAUAUGUGGUCUUACUAAGCGUGGGGGUGCAGGUGUAGAUCCAAGCAUAGUCCUUGAUAUGAUCUCAGUAGCAAAAAAUGUGAGCGAGAAUUUUAUAAAUGUAUUAGACUCCGAGAUAGCUGCUGCAGAAGCUCGUGAGGAAGAAUGAUGAACACCAAUGUUUUUGCAGAUUUAGUGAGUUUAGUCGUAGGUAGUAAUGCGGUUUAUAGGUAAUGAAUGAUAUUAUAGGUUAUCAUACAGGUAGAAUGUCUGUAAUUGUUGAGGAAAAUAUAGUGAAUAUUAUUAAUAGCUAACAUUUUAUCCCAGUAUCAUACAACUGUGUGCUUGUUUUGGCUAUGUCAAUAGACUUGAUAUGGAGUAUGAUGUAGUGAAAUCAUAUUUUUUACGGAGUAUAUUAGUUUGAAGCAUCUAUUAUGUACCUUA